AUGGGCAAAGCUAAGAAGAAAUCAGACAAACAAGAAAAGUCAACUCAAUCUGGCUUUGUUCAAAAGGCGACUGCUGGUGCUGCCACAUCUUCCGCUGCUGCCUCACCUCAAUUGAAAAGUAUAUUCAUCAACUCGCCGGUCUAUGACUUAUUGCAUUAUUUUGAGAAAGCACCAGACCAGUGGGCAGCAAGAUACAUUCUCAUCUUAAGCUCCAUCAUAUUACGCACUGUAGUUGGUCUUGGUGGCCAUUCAGGCUAUAGAAAACCACCAAUGCAUGGUGAUUUUGAAGCUCAGCGACAUUGGAUGGAAUUGACAAUCAAUUUGCCUACUUCUGAGUGGUACUUCUUUGAUCUUCAGUACUGGGGUUUGGACUACCCGCCAUUAACUGCUUACCACAGUUGGGUCUUGGGUAAAAUUGGCUCAUUUCUAAAUCCAAUCUGGUUUGCAUUGAAUUCCUCACGAGGGUUGGAAACGAAUGAUUUGAAAUUUUACAUGAGAAUCACCAGUAUUGUUAGCGAGUUGGUUUGCUAUAUUCCUGGAAUUUUAAUCCUAGCUAACAUUUUGGGGAAAAAGUUCAACUUGACCAGAAUGGAUCAAAUAAUAUUUGCCUUGAUUAUCUUGAUUCAACCGCACUUGGUUUUGAUUGAUCAUGGACAUUUUCAGUACAAUUCGGUGAUGUUGGGGUGUUUUGUGUAUGCAAUCAUUGAAUUGGUGCAGAACCACUUGGUAAUGGCCAGUGUGUGGUUUGUAAGUUGUAUCAACUUCAAACAAAUGGGACUAUACUACUCGGUGUUUAUUUUCUUUUACAUAUUGAGUCAAUUGAGAAACAUCCGGGACUUGAUAUCGGUUGGAUUAUCUGUAAUUGUAACUCAAUUCAUCUAUCUACUACCUUUUGUCUCACAUUGGAAAACCACAUUACCACAAAUUGUGUAUCGUAUCUUUCCAUUCAAUCGAGGACUAUUUGAGGAUAAAGUUGCCAACUUUUGGUGCACCACCAACGUCUUGGUUAAAUAUCGCGAUCUAGUCUCGUCUUCACAGCUUUCCAGAUUAGCAUUAGGAGCCACCUUGAUAUUUAUUAUACCAAUUAACAUUUACAUUUUUUACAAGUUGAAAAAACCGACAUCCACUGCAGGGAGCGAAACCGCAACCGACCGCAAGGUUGUGAGUGUUAAAGGCGAUAGCUAUAGCAACAGCAAAAGCAAUGACAGUGACAAGAAACGUGUAUCUGCGAUGUUGUAUGGAUUUGCUUUCAAUGCAUUGUCAUUUUAUUUGUUCUCAUACCAAGUUCACGAAAAGUCGAUUUUGCUUCCCCUAUGCCCCAUGUUAUUGCUUCUUUUAAUCAACCCACGUGAUAUAACAUUUAUUCAAUGGGUUAAUAAUGUGGGUACUUUUAGCUUAUAUCCAUUGUUGAAAAAGGAUGAUUUGGUAUUACAAUACUUUGUAACAAGCAUACUACUCAAUUGGCUUAUUGGAUUCAGACUUGUUAUACCUACUUUGAGGGAAUUGAGUGCGAGUAAUUUGAUGAUUUUGGCAACCUAUGUGGCUAUGAUUUUCUACCACGUUGUGGAUUUUGCAUUUGAUCCUCCAGUAAAGUAUCCUGACUUGUGGGUAGUUUUGAACAUCGCCAUAUCGUUUGCAGCCUUCGGUUGCGCUUGGUUGUGGUUGAUCCUUAAGAUAAUCCGACUUUAA